AUCCCAAAAGGUCCUGAUCCGUGUGUCACACGGCUCGCUGCCAGCAGGGAGGGAAGCAGGGAAUGCCACGCUUAGGACCCUGCAUGCCCCGGAGCUUCCCCGCUUUCUGCUGGAGCUGCGGAGCUGGGAGGGGCCGGGCCGGCAGCUCCCCAUAAACCUGGCGGCUUAGACCAACUCCUGACAGAUGUUGGGACGGUGCCUUGCAGCGGAGGCUGGGAAAAGGAGAGGGCGGCUCCUGCCCGGAGCGAGGAGGAGAGCUCGGACCCCUGGGCUUGAACUUUAGCACCCUCUUCCGCAGGAGUUUGGGGACGAGCAUCGGCGUAUCCCGAGCCAGCCCGCUGGAUACCGGGCAGGCGCGGGGCUGGAGCAGACGAGAAGCCGCAGCAACUUUGUCUGACGAGGACUUAGUGGAGCUCUUCAUAAAGAAAUAACACCAGGGAGAAAGCCCCAGGAAGCGUUUCCAGCGCUCGGGACGCUGCUGAGCGCUCCGGGCCGUGCGAGGAGCCCGUCCUGCCUGCAGAUGUGCGUGAUUGGAGCAGCGCGGGGCUCAUUUUCCUUUGAGUGAAGGCAACCCAGCCCCGGCGGAUUAAGCUCUUUGUGUGCCCGCGAGUGUGCCUUGAUGGAAGCUGCUCCCGCAAAACCGGCUGCGGGGCUUGCGGGGAGCAUCCUCUAGGUCAGGGAGCCCUCCCGGAGGAGGGGGACACCUCCUGCUGUCGUGGCUCCGAGGCGAUGCUGGGGCAGUAACACAGCGCAGCGCUUCGGGAUGGCCGUCUAUGCCCUCACGGGCUUCUCGCUCGUCAGCCUGCUCAGCUUUGGCUAUUUGUCUUGGGACUGGAUGAAGCCCGGUUUGGUGGCCGAUGUGGCCACAGACCCCAUGGAGAAAUCGCCACCCCCCACCUUCCCCAGGCCUCCCCACAUCAUCUUCAUUCUGACCGAUGACCAGGGCUACCACGACGUCGGCUACCACGGCUCCGACAUCCAGACGCCGACGCUGGACAGGCUGGCAGCAGAGGGUGUGAAGCUGGAGAACUACUACAUCCAGCCCAUCUGCACCCCGUCCCGGAGCCAGCUGAUAACUGGCAGGUACCAGAUCCACACAGGAUUGCAGCACUCCAUCAUCCGCCCUCGGCAGCCCAACUGCCUGCCCCUCGACCAGGUCACCCUGCCACAGAAGCUGCAGGAAGCCGGCUACUCCACACACAUGGUGGGCAAGUGGCACCUUGGCUUCUACAAGAAGGAGUGCCUGCCCACUCGCCGGGGCUUCGACACCUUCCUGGGCUCCCUGACAGGCAACGUGGAUUACUACACCUACGACAACUGCGACGGGCCGGACGUCUGCGGCUACGACCUGCACGAGGGGGAGGACGUGGCGUGGGACCAGAGCGGGAAGUAUUCCACCUUCCUCUACGCCCAGCGCGUCAGCAAGAUUCUGGCCUCCCACAGCCCCAAGGAGCCCAUCUUCAUCUACGUGGCCUUCCAAGCGGUGCACACGCCCCUGCAGUCCCCCAAGGAGUACAUCUACCGCUACCGCUCCAUGGGCAACGUCGCGCGCCGCAAGUACGCGGCCAUGGUGACCUGCAUGGACGAGGCGGUGAAGAACAUCACCUGGGCCCUCAAGAAGUAUGGCUACUAUGACAACAGUGUGAUCGUGUUCUCCACGGACAAUGGCGGGCAGACCUUCUCCGGGGGAAGCAACUGGCCGCUUCGGGGUCGCAAAGGGACCUACUGGGAAGGGGGAGUGCGUGGCAUUGGCUUUGUGCACAGUCCCCUGAUCAAGCGCAAGCGUCGGACAAGCUGGGCGCUGGUUCACAUUACAGACUGGUACCCUACUCUGGUCAGCCUGGCCAGGGGCAACCUGACCAAUGUCCAAGGCUUGGAUGGCUAUGAUGUCUGGCCUGCUAUCAGUGAGGGCAAGGAGUCACCACGCACCGAAAUCCUGCACAACAUUGACCCCUUGUACAACCAUGCCAAGUACGGCUCCUUGGAGGACGGCUUUGGCAUCUGGAACACAGCUGUGCAAGCUUCCAUCCGGGUUGGGGAGUGGAAGCUCCUCACUGGCGACCCUGGGUACAGUGACUGGAUACCCCCACAGACCCUGACCAACUUCCCAGGGAGCUGGUGGAACCUGGAGCGCCUCACUGAUGGCCCGAGGAAAUCCGUGUGGCUCUUCAACAUCACUGCCGACCCCUACGAGCGCUACGACCUGUCAGAGCAGCGCCCAGACGUGGUCAGGACCCUCCUGAUGAGGCUGGUGCACUACAACCGGACGGCCAUCCCGGUGCGGUACCCUGCGGAGAACCCCCGGGCUCACCCAGACUUCAACGGCGGUGCCUGGGGACCCUGGGCCAGUGAGGAUGAUGGGGAGGAGUGGGAAGGCGGCCGGGAGUCCCUGAAAAGCAGGAACAAGAAGAAGAAGAAGUGCAAGAUCUGCAAGCUGCGCUCCUUCUUCCGCAAGCUGAACACCAGGCUCAUGUCCAACCGCAUCUGACGGGACACUCCCCCAGCAUCCACCCGUCCUGGCCAGGGUGGAGCUCUGGACUGCAGUGCCGUGGGAUGGGAGUGAGGGAGAAGGACAGCCAGGCAGGUGGCCAGUGCUCUCUUGCUCUCCCUUGCUCCAGGGUUCAAUCCAAAACACUUCUCCUCCCUGGCUGGAGUGGUGGCCACGGGGAGUUGCUCCCAGUGGGUGAGGAAGGGCAAUGUGGUGUCUGCUGCAGUGCUUGGUGGUGGUGAAUGACUGUGCUGAGCUGUUGCUCCUGGCUCGCAGCCUGCUGCCAAGCAGCUGCAACCUUUGCUCUUGCUCUGAGAACUUGAGGGCCUCCCCCAAACCCAGGACCACAUUGCUUCUUUGUGGAGGGCUGGAUUCCUGACCAUGGAUCUUGAUUCCAUGACCAAGUCAGACUUGAGAUCAACGUGGCUGAACUAAGUCAUGCUGCUACAGUGACCUCACGUGGGGCUAUGGCUUCCCCUCUCCACUGGCUUGGGGGGCCAGGAGCAGCCCUGAUGAGGAGCUCUGGCCCAUGGAGGCAUGGUUGGAUGCUCCCAGAGGACAGGUGGUUCUCUUUGGCCCCACAUUUGGGAGGCAGGUUUGCUCCAGGGUCUGGUGGUGGACUCUACAUGGGUAGAGCAGAGCCUUUCAACCAAAAUUUGCUUGGACUCUACAUGGGUAGAGCAGAGCCUUUCAUCCAAAAUUUGCUUGGACUCUACAUGGGUAGGGCAGAGCCUUUCAUCCAAAAUUUGCCUGGACAUCCCCCUCAUGUGCAAGCCUCUAGGCACCCCUGUUCCUCCCUAUGAAUCCUGUGCAUCCAACCAGCCAACCACCCCUGUCUGCCCCUUCCCAGUGCUGGAGCUGUCCCUGUCCCUGUCCCCACAUCCCAUUGCUGAACCUGGCGCAGAGGGAAGAUCUCAAAAAGGUCUCUGCAGAAGCUGAUCUGCUGUUGUGUAGCUGCAGGACUCGAAGCCGUGGUGGGGAACAGGGAUGAUGGGCGCGUCUCCCGCCUGCCAGCACCGCGCCACAUCCCCUCCUUGCAGAUGGGCACUGCUCUUCCAGCAGCGCACGCGUGGGGAGGAAAACACCUCCCCAUCAUCCACUGCUGAGGAGAGCCAGCCCAUCCCAUCGCCAGGGGCCAGGGAAGCCAGCAGAGCUCCGGGCCCCCGCGCCUUCGGCGGGGUGAGAGCGCGCGUACGUGCGCUCGCAGGGGAGCUGGCGAGGAUGGAAGGGGGUAAAUAGCUUUAAAAUCGUUUUGGAUGCAUGGUGCAUUUCCAUUUACACAAUGUGUUUUACAUUUCUCCCCACAGGUUUCUCUUGGUGCAGCGUGUGUAGGCGAAGGCCCUGCUGUGAAUUUUGAAAAUAGUUAUUUUUGUCUCUGGAAAAUGAGGCCCGUUAGGACUUGUCAGCUCUUGGAUGAGCAGUGUGGGCUUUCUAUUUUUUUUUUUUCUUUUCCCCCCUCUCUUUCUCCCUUGCAAAAUAACAUUCAUUUAAAAUCUGUCAUUGAAAGAUGUGACAAUUGGCAGCGUGCACACUGAAUACCUUUCAGUGCUCUUUCAAGCCCCGUGUGUGAGAGAGGGAUGAGGAUGGGAAGAAAAUGACAUGUUUGUAUUUUUUUUUCUUACUCUUAGCUGGAUUAUUUGGGGGUAUUGGGAUUUUCUAUAGAAGCAAAGGAAAAAAAACCAGCUGACAGCAAGGCAGAAGAGAGGAGGCCUCUUCUUGUAGAGCUGGGAAGGAGUUUGGAAAGCUGGAGUGUGGCAGUGUGUGCGCCAUCCCCGCAGCUCCGCGCGCGCCCAUUGCUGUGCCAUCCCACCCCGCUGGCUCCUGCAUCCCUGCAUCCCUGCAGGCACAUCCCUAGCGCAGGGUUCAGAGGGGCCUCAGCUCCUCCACCAGCCCCAUCUCCACCCCUGCUCCCUUAGCAUGCUGCUCCAAGAGGAGUGGUCCCCACGGCACGGCCUGGGUGGGGGUGAGCCCCAAGAGGAUGCUCCACAUCCUCACACCACCUCAGAUCAGCCAGCCUGCUCCCUGGGGAUGUGCACCAUCAGCGGGACUGCGGCGCCCACUGCCAUUUGGCAAAGCCAAGCAGUUGCUGAAAAUAAAGCAACACUUUGCUGAAGAAGAGGAGGCUGCUGCAGGCAGAGCCAAAGCCAGGGGAGAGCAGGGGGUGAUGCUGCAGGGGCUUGGGAACAAAUAUUAGCUGAAGGAGAGUUGGUGCUGAAGGGAAUGGGAGAGCAGGGCUGGACAUGAGGUGGUGACAACGCUCGGGAAACAGCUUUCAUUUCCAUAUUUACAUAAAUGCGUCCAAGUUUAA